UGUUUAACAAUUGGCUUUUAAUGCCGAUUUUGUUUAUUUUUAGUGUAACAUAUUACAGUUUUAAGGAAAAAGAAGAAGUAUAAAUGAAUAAAAUUUCUCAACGUGUCCCAUAAGCGCCAACGCCGCUGCAAAAACAAAUAACCUAGUCCACUUGUACACAUUAACAUCUUAGCGAGCUUAUCGUGUGCGAACAUGUUUAUCUAAAACAAAACGAACGAAUCAAGUUUUUCAGUGUUUUAACAAUUAUUGUUGAAUAGUUAUUGUACGGUCGCGCGUAAUUAAACAAUGGUUUCGGUAGCGCAUAAACGUAUAAUUAUUUUGCUCGCAGUAUUCUUGCUAUUGUUCCUCUUUGUGCGAUACUUGCUCUUCCACGGUGCCAUAUUAGCUCCUCAGCCAGAGUACAAACGAACACCUGGAAUGCCCGUAUUAGUUACGGUGUUCUACGAGGCGCUUUGUGGUGAUUCGAAGCACUUUAUUAUCAAGCAAUUACUACCAGCUUUUAAGCAAGCUGCGCCACUCAUGGAGAUUCAAUUGGUACCCUAUGGCAAAGCACAAACUUUCACCAAUCCUGAUGGCACAUAUCGUUUCGACUGCCAACAUGGUGCUCUCGAGUGCGAGGCAAAUAUGUAUCACGCCUGUGCGAUAGAGGCAAUUGAAAGUACAAAAGAACGACUCGAUGUGAUUGCUUGCAUGAUACGGGAUAAUCGAAAUCCCAAGGAAGCUAUGCAUAAGUGCGCUCGUCAAUAUGGUAUUGAAAAUACUGAUCUCAUACAGAAAUGUUAUACUAGCGAUCACGGUGGAGAAUUGCUGAAACUGAACGGUGAUGCCACGCAUGCACUUCGACCGCCAGUCACUUUCAUACCCACUAUAACAUUGGAUGGCAGUCAACAUCGACAGCCAGCCAUUCUGAAGGACUUGUUGGGCGAAGUAUGCAAAAUCAUCGGCGACACAGAGAAAGCGAAAGAAUAUUGCAUUUCAUAGACAACGUGGGAAGAAACACAUAUAAAAUUGCCACUUAAACGCUAUAAAUAUGAGUAUGCCGCCACCUUGUUACGAGUACUAAGAAACUAAUGCAUUUUAAAAAUACUUAUUUCUUUUACCCACCCUAUUGGAGUUUAUUAGCUACUUUUAAGCUAGAAACUUAUUUGCGGCACAAAUCGAACAGUGUUAAAAUUUUAAGUAUCGAUACACAAACAUAUUCCACUUACAUAAAAGCUCAUUAAGGUGACUGAAGUAAAUGCACGCAUAUUUGCUAUGAAUUUAUACACAAAUAUAUUUUCCAGUCGUACAUAUGUAUGUAUGUAUAAGCCUGAAGCAUUUUGUUUGCAGAAAUAAUAAAGAUUUUUUCAAAAGUGAACAAUGCCUAA